AUGUCGUCCAAUUUGGUGCGACAGGUGGGUUUCUAUGUGCCGCCCGUGUUGGGCGCACUGUGCUUUGGAUAUGCUGCCAGUACCCUCAGAGGUGGAGAGGAGUCUCAACUCCGACAACAGCUUCAGCACGAGGCUGAGGAAUUGGACCAGCGACGCCUCACAUGGCUUCAGCGGCCAAAUCGCUCGGUGCAGUACAAGGCUUCGGCCAUCCAGGAGGUGCACAACCGGAAGGCCUUGGGACCUGCCGGUGUACUGCUGAACCGCGGCGAGGCGACUUUUGUCGAAGCAAUCGGAGCAAUCGGAGCAACAUGGAGCAGGUGUGAGAAUUCAAAGCAGAAGGACCUGCAUCACAUCAAAACUCAAGAACAUGUUGGCCCCAACAAGUCUUCCCAGUUUCAAGGUCCAGCAGUUCCAGACUCGGCCUGUUCCUCUUCAGUGCAGUCUUUGAAUCGCAAUCCAAGGAAUAUCGGCCUUUUGCCGGACAGUCUGAAUGGCAACUGCCUUUUCCGAAAGACAGCCCCGACCCAGUCUUGUGCAGAGCGCUAUGCAGAGUUUCUGGGAUGUAAGCAGGAAGCCAGAGCAAUUCAGCGAAUGUCUCUGGCGCAUGGUGCGCAAUCACUCUAUGCUAUGGCCAGUGAGGCCUCAUCAGUGGUGCUGCCGUACAUCAACAGCGCUGUUGGUGGGAAUGUGCAGACAUUUGCACAGAUGCAAAGCUUCGCCGCGGUGUCGCAGGUCAUGGGCGGUCUUUUCUUCGGACAGAGUGCUGAUCGAUUUGGCACUCGCUGGGCCUUGUUGACAGCACACACUGCUGCAAUGAGCAGUGCCUUUCUGGUGGCAACGGCUCGCACACAGAGAUCUCUCUUUUGUGCUAUGGUUCCGUUGACUAUGGCACAUGGCUUCCAAGCCUCAUCACAGAUUGCGGUACAUUGCUCUGAGCCUGAAGAUCGGUCAGUAGCUAUGGGCCGCAUUUCAGCCAGUUAUGGUCUGGGCUUCUUCGCUGGGACUUUGGUCACGGCCUACGCGGCACAGCAUCUGACUCCACGGCAGAUCGCCUGGGGUGCUGUUGCCUUGGAGGCCAGCGUUAUCUCAAGCGUCCUGGUCUUUUAUCCAGACGGUGAUGACACCGUCACCAGUGCGCAGCCAGCGUCUUCCUUUUGGGACAUUCUCAAAAGACCGCAUGUUUUGUCACUGGUGCUAUCCAAAGCGGCAUUAUCAACAGCAGGUGGCAUGCUUCUUGGCAUGGUCACCCAAUUUGCCAUGGAUCCCUUCAAUUUCUCCACUGCGCAGACUAGCAUCCUGAUGGCUUAUGUGGGAGGCGCGCAGCUGCUCUCUCAGACCUUCGUGGUUCCUCAGCUUGGCAGCUUGAAACCGUGGGAGCUUCGAAUGUUUUCGACCUCUUCCUUGCUGCUUCCGUUGGUUGGCCUCAGCGUGUUUGGUUCCACACCCUUGGGCUACUGCAUGUGGAUGGGACCUUUGGCUGCUGCGGGCUAUGGUGGCAACACAGCGCUUGGCAGCCUUAUGUCUUGCCUGGCGCCAGAAAGUGAGUCAGGUUCCAUGGUUGCUUUGGGCCUGGCGCCGUUGAGUUUAGGUUUCAUGGUGUCGCCGCUCUUGUCAAGUUGGGUUUACCAAAGCUUUGGAUUUCGCAUGGUGCCAGCAGUGGCAGCCACAAUAUUGUGUGGCGCGGCACUUGCCAUCGAAAUGAUAGAUAGCGGUGAAGACGUUCCUCCUGAAGAUGAAAUUUGUGAUUCUGACGAUGAAGAUGGUCAGGGGAUGGAGCAAGGCUUCAGCGUUGUACGCCGCGAGAGUGGUGAUAUGGGGAUUUUCCCCAAACAAUAUCUCCGAUCAGAAACAAAUGGAUGA